GAAAAUAAUCGACAUAUUAAUCAUUAUAAAAAUAAAGAGCAGCUAUAUUUCAUUAAACACUUAAAAGAAAGACUCUGUGUGUAAAAUCCCAUUAAACGGAGCACGUACUCACACAGACAAAGGCGACGUGUCUCAGCACAGAAUAGAUCAUGUCACGAGGCAGAAUUAAUGAUAGCUGAAGUAGCUUGACUGUUUCUUGUUGUGCGUGUGCGUGUGUGUGUGUGUGAGAGAAGAAGCGUUAGAUACCCAAGUGUCCGGUGUUUCUAUGCAACAGAGGCAGCGACGCUCUUCGCUCUCACGCAGGAAUACAUAGCCGUGGCUCCGUAGAUCUGCCACACUGAAGGAACUGUGCGCCUUUUUUAACCCAAUGGAGCGACACGGGGAUGGAGGUGAGGCGGCUGGCAACUCACAGCAGCAGGGGAGUGCGCGGGAGCCUGGGUUUCCUCCUCUGGCCUUUGAGCUAUCAGAUUGCCUGUCACAAGAGGAAGCCACCAUGAUGAGGAGGAAUGACCACUACUGGCCAGUUCCUGGUGAGGAGAAGAAUUCGGACAUGGACUAUGUGAAAACCAAGCCCAGCGAGUCCAUACCAAUGAAAAAUCUCUACAUGGACGAUGUCUCGCCCCACUAUUCAGAGCUGGGCCCAUACUUUUCUGAUGGGCAGAGGCGGGUGGACUAUAUCCUGGCAUACAACAUCCAGAAACCCAGCAGUGACAGGCGUCGGUCAUCCAGAUUUGGUGAAAACAACUUCAUCCGACGGCUUCGCCGCAGCCUGAGUAUGAGAGGCAGCCGAGCUCCGCUUCAGCCAAAGGAGGACCCGGAGAUUGCAGCCCAGGACCAACAGACAGACUAUCAUGAAGAUGACAAGCGCUUCAGGAGGGAGGAGUUUGAGGAAAACCUCCUGGAGACAGGGCUGGAGCUGGAGAAGGAUGAAGGGAGUAAAAUCCCUGGUAUUGGCUUCUUGAAGAUCCAUGCUCCUUGGAACGUUCUGUGUCGAGAGGCUGAGUUCAUGAAGCUCAAGAUGCCAACAAAAAAGGUCUAUGAAGUAAAUCAAGGCAGUAAUGUGGUAGAGAAGACCCGGCUCUUCAUUCACAAAGUUACAGCUCCACUUCAUCCAAAGGUUGACACCAACAAACCAGCGACUGCCAAAUCCCUCUCUCAUCCUUUCUCCAGAGAAAAGCAGCAUCUAUUUGAUCUGUCUGACAGGAACAAGUUCUUCGACAGCAAGACCAGGAGCUCAAUAGUCUAUGAGGUACUGAAGAGGACAAGAUGCACCAGAGCCAAAUACUCCAUGGGGAUUACCAGUCUACUGGCCAAUGGCAUCUACACAUCUGCUUAUCCUUUGCAUGAUGGAGACAUCGAGGGUGUGAAUGCUCAGCCUAAUGACAGGAAGCUUUUGUAUGAGCAGUGGGCCAGCUACAGUGUCUUCUACAAGUACCAGCCCAUUGGACUCAUCAGGAAAUAUUUUGGGGAGAAGGUUGGACUGUAUUUUGCCUGGUUAGGCGUUUACACACAGAUGCUGAUUCCUGCAGCCAUUGUUGGAGUCAUUGUAUUCCUCUACGGCUGUGCCACUGUCGAUGAUAACAUACCAAGUAUGGAGAUUUGUGAUCCAAGGAACAACAUUACCAUGUGCCCGCUGUGUGACCACGCCUGCAGCUACUGGAAGCUGGUAACUGCGUGUGGUACAGCUCGUGCCAGCCACCUUUUCGACAACCCUGCCACUGUCUUCUUCUCCAUCUUCAUGGCCCUCUGGGCUGUUCUCUUUAUGGAACACUGGAAGAGACGGCAGAUGCGACUCAACUACAUCUGGGAUCUGACAGGCUUUGGGGAGGAGGAGGAGGAGGAACACAAGGACCACAACAGAGCAGAAUAUGAGUUCCGUGUCAUGCAGAAGACAAUGAGACUGGAACAAUCCACCCCAAAGGGCAAGAAGGUGAAGCUGACUUGCACUGAUAGACUACCAGCCUACCUAACUACUGUGCUCACAAUGGGCUUCCUGAUUGCCGUGACAUUUACCAUAGUCUUUGGGGUCAUCCUGUACCGGAUCAGCAUUAAGACAGCGCUGCACAUCAGCAGCUACCCUGCAGCACGGUCCAACAUCAGAGCCACUGUCAAAACCACUGCUGCCAUUAUCAACCUCAUAGUCAUCAUCAUCUUAGAUGAAAUAUAUGGAGCCAUUGCUCGCUGGCUCACCACACUGGAGGUUCCAAAGACGGACAAGAGCUUUGAGGAGCGCCUCAUCUUCAAAACUUUUAUUCUGAAGUUUGUCAAUGCCUUCACUCCCAUUGUCUAUUUAGCCUUUUUCAGGGGCAGACUUGUUGGGCGGCCCGGAAACUACUUGUAUGUAGUUGGAUCAUACAGAAUGGAAGAGUGUGCUCAUGCAGGCUGCCUCAUGGAGCUUUGUAUCCAGUUAUGCAUCACCAUGUUGGGCAAGCAGCUAAUCCAGAACAACCUGUUUGAGAUUGGCAUACCGAAAUUAAAACAAAUGCUGCGGAGGAGGAAAUCAGAUAUGGAUACAAAGCAAGAGGAGGAGCUGAACAAAACCUUGCAGCGGUACGAGAAAGACCACAUUCUGGGUCCAUUUGUUGGGAUCAACCCAGAGUACAUGGAGAUGAUCAUCCAGUUUGGAAUGGUGACUCUUUUCGUGGCCUCCUUCCCUCUGGCUCCCCUCUUUGCUCUCCUGAAUAACAUCAUCGAGAUUCGCCUGGAUGCCAAGAAGUUUCUAAGAGACCUGCGCAGGCCAGUCGCAGCCAAAGCAAAGGACAUUGGUAUCUGGUACAACCUCCUGAGAGGCCUCAGCAAGGUGGCAGUCAUUGUUAAUGCCUUUGUCAUCUCUUUCACAUCUGACUUCAUCCCUCGGCUGGUCUACCAGUACAAGUACAGCCCUGAUGGCACCAUGCAUGGCUUCAUCAAUCACACAAUGUCUUACUUUAAUGUCAGUGACUUUCAGCCAGGCACAGACCCACUGCAGCCCAUGCAUCUUGGCUACAAGGUUCAAAUCUGCAGAUAUAAGGACUACAGAGAGCCUCCGUGGUCCAGCACUCCAUAUGAACUCUCAAAGGAGUUCUGGGCCAUUCUGGCAGCACGCCUUGCCUUUGUCAUCAUCUUUCAGAACAUGGUCAUGCUCAUGAGUGACUUUGUGGACUGGCUUAUCCCAGACAUCCCCAAGGACAUCAGCCUCCAGAUCCACAAGGAGAAGAUCCUCAUGGUGGAGCUCUUCAUGAAGGAGGAGCAGGGCAAAAGGAUUGCAGCGCAGGACAACCACAACCAUGACAAACGCACUGCACCUUCAUCACCCAAUCAGAGCCCACCACAGCCACGCUCACGUCUCUCAAACUAACUGCUGUUAAACACUUGAUAAGUAAACACCACAAAUGUUAUAUAAACUAAGCAUUCGUGUUAAUAUUCUGAUCUGAUGGCUUAAACCUAAACUGAAAUGUUCACAUUAGAAUGUUAACAAGGGAAUUUGUGACAUUAAACAACAAGCCACAAAGUACAAAAUUAGCCAUUUUUCCAAAAACUAGCAGGGAACAGGUUUAGUGAAAAAGGACAGUACUAGAUUUAUGAGCACACAUCGUUAGUUAUUGGAUGUAAUUAAAAGGAACAAGCCAUUUGUUUAUUUGACUAUAGGGAUAUUUAAUUCUUCAGGAUGUCUCAGACUGCCAAACAUGUAAACUAAUGUGAAUCACAUGUCCAUGGAGCAAGUUCAAACCUACUAAUUCUGCCACAGGGCUUAGUAAGGCAUUUGUGCUGUGGUCGUUGGGAUUCUGUGUCGAACAGCCAGUUGCUUUGUACUAUUCUCUUGUAUGAGCACUUUAAUGGUCUUUUAUUACAUUUUGUACAUGGACAAAUAGCAGUGCACAGUGGUGUUAUACCUGGAAGCACAAGUGAUAUUAUUAUUCAAUCCACUAAACAGGAAUUAAAGCUGCAUUUGGUGAGGUUAAUUAAACAUGAUGUCAUGAUGUCAUUUUAUACACACUUACAAAAUCACGAAAAUAUUCCAAAAAUGUUUCUCACAGCUGCAGAAACUCAACAGGAAUAUUUGUUUUCUCAGUCUAAUAAAAAACAAACAAAAAAAUAUUUACAAUCUUCAGAGGUUUAGAUACAGGCAACUGAACUAAACUGACUUAAACAAGUCCACCUUCACAAACAAAACAUGUCUACCCUCACUACAUACUUCUUUGUCUGUUAAGUUGACAGCCAUUUAUUUUUAUUUUUUGCUUUUUGCUAAGUUGUUGUUAAAUUGAUUAGACUUUAGAUUAAAUAGAAAAGCCGUCCAAUAUGUAAUAAUUACGCAGCACUAGUUGUUGCAGUUGAGCAAGCAUGUGGCCACCAAUGAAAACAGUCUGUAGACAGAAGUCUACAGACUUCCCUCGCAAAAUCCACACAGGACUGAGGCAGAAGAGGCUCCGCUGUCGUGUAUGUUUCUGCAACGCUGUCAACCAAAAACUAGUUCUGCCUUUCAACAGAAAGUUACACGUGGUAACCCAGGUUCUCUGACUGGAGAGACUCAGAGAACCUCUACCCUUCAUAUUCCUUAUGUAUGGGGAGUGCACAAGAUGAGCUGUGCAAUGGUGGCCAUGCACUGAUUGGCCAGACAUGGUAAUGUAAGCACCACACUUAAGUUCUCAACGGGCCUGAAAAUUACAACCCGACCCAACCCGGCCCGCAGGUCUUUAAACACGAACCCAACCUGGGCCGACACGCUAGCAUGAAUUGUCCACCCGAACCGAAAUCCCCCCCCCCCCCACAUUUUCCCACUGAUCGAAGCGCGCUGUUUUCUGCAGCACCUGUCUCCUGGCUUGCGUUAUCUGGGUCCUCCCGUACCGGCAGCUAACAGUCAGCGGGCAGCAUCCGCAACUGAUUGAAUUUCGCCCACGGUAAUGUUGCGGCUUUGUGGAGAUUGGUGGACGUUUGUCAUUUUUCCCCCUAGUUCUCAAUUCUACACCUUACAUACCUUGACACUCCAGUUAAACUUGAUGUGGAAGGAUAGUGUCUCCACUCUCUCCACCCAACACAUUCCAUAUACAAGGGGACUCUGUAGGACACACCGUGUGGAAACCAUGUAUCUACUGCCCUCCCACGGGGAGCCUGAAAUUACAGUUGCUUUUUGAACAACACAUCACCUAUGUGCUCAGAAAGGAAAUAUUUACAAAUAUACACUAUUUACACACCCAUGGCCACAAAGGCCUAGCUGUACAUGCCAGAUGUUAAGGCCAGCCCAAAAAGGGUGAAUCUUCAACUUGGUCAACUUACAAAGAAAAGAAGCAAUCACACUGACCCAAGAAUCGUUCAGAAGAACCUUAUAAUAGUGGAUGGAAUUGACCAAUAAAGAAGAGCCUUCACUUGUCUAAAGUGACUGCUUGCUCAUUGCUGCAACUCCAGAGACUAACUGACAGAAGACUCCAACCAGGCUGGAAUUUUGCAAGAAAUGACUUCCUAGUCUCCCUGACUCUGGCCAGCAGGUUAAAACAGUUUAUAACUUUUACCCAUACAACCACGGGCGUAGGUUUGCGGCACUCUUUCUUAUGAUGGCUAUGAAUUUCACAAGAUGGCUAAACAAGCACACCAUCAAUUCAAAUACUGGCAUGUUUGGUGCUUAUAUAACCAUGUAUGGCUAAUCAGUGUGUGGCCACCACAAGUGAUGUGUCUUAGAGAGUAUUCACUUCAGCUGCUCCCAUGUAGAAUCAGUCCUUGUGCAUAUGGAAUAUGUAGGGUGGGGAGUAUGUUACAGAACAGUUUCCUGACAGCUUGGAGUGUGAAUGUUGAAUCGUGGACCAUAAAAGGCACACAAAUACUGUGAAAAGCUAAAGGGAGACUGUAGUUGUUAAUACCUCUGUGGGUGUGUGCCAAAUAAAUGAUAAUAUUGCUCUGUAAUCCAUGGAUAUAGUUUUAUAUUUGUAAUACCAUCCUAAGAGGCAAUAAUGUGUAAGCAUGAUAAAAUCAAUUGGCACUCUUGCAUACCAUUAUAAUAAUAAGCUUUAAAUGUAUUAAUGGGUUGUAUUAAGUACAGUCCUUAUCCAUCACACAACCACAUGAUUUUGUAUUGCAAGCUACAAUAGUUACCUAGUUUAAUGAGUAGCAA